AUGACUGUCGCCCACCUCGAAAAUGCUUUUACGGAUAAGAACAUGAAUGAGAUCCAGGUCGUCGAAGAUACGGGGGCCAGCAAGCCGCCCUCUGGUUUCGGCGGGCAUCUCAUCGAUGAGAAUCUGGUCAAGAUCGAAGGCGAAGAUAGAGUCACGCCGUAUCUGUGUUUCCUCAUCUCUGCCUCUGCAUUCGCAGGGUUUCUCUAUGGGUACGAUACGGGUGUCGUCGGUGUCGCCCUGCCAUUAGUCGGAAACGACCUCACAGGCUCAGCGUUGACAUCGGCGCAACAAGAGAUCAUCACCGCCGGCACGACUAUCGGCGCCAUCUUUGGGUCAGCCAUCUUGGGCGGAUGGGGUGAUAGACUGGGGAGAAAGAUGGGCAUCCUGAUUUCAGAUGUAUUCUUCACGAUCGGCGCAGUCGUCAUCGCCUCGAGUUACUCUGUCGGCCAGAUGAUAGCUGGCCGUCUCAUCCUCGGUAUAGGAGUCGGCGGUGCGGCUGCUAUAGCGCCUCUCUUUAUUACCGAGACUGCUCCGACUUCUGUACGAGGUCGAUGUAUUGGUGUCAACGCAUUCUUCAUCCCUUUUGGGCAAGUUGUAGCCGAUGCUGUUGGUGCUGGUGUGCAGACUAUGCCCAACGGCUGGCGUCUCCUCUUCGCCCUCGGCGCCGCCCCCUCCCUCAUCCAACUCAUCCUCUUCCACUAUCUCCCCGAAUCCCCGCGCAUCCUCAUCCUCCGCAACCAACUCCCGGCCGCCCGUACCGUAUUCCGCCGGAUCUACCCCAACGCUUCUGAAGAGAUGAUCGACUACAAGUUUCGCGUUGCUCAAGAGCUGUUGUGGAGGAAGGGGAGUUAUAGGAGGUCGAUCACUUGUGUGACGAUGGCGCAGAUGGCGGGGCAGUUGACGGGGUUUAAUACGUUGUUGUAUUAUGCUGGGACGUUGUUUUCGUUGUUGGGGCUGUCGAACCCUGCGCUUGGGGCGCUGAUACCGUCGGGGACGAACGCCUUCUUUGUCCUUUGCGGUAUGACGGUAGUAGACAAAGUGGGCAGGAGAGGUCUUUUCAUGAUCGGCGUUCCCAUUCUACUCUCCGGCCUCAUCUGGAACAUCGUCGCCUUCCACUACCUCUGCAUCCCCACCAACGGCUUCCUCGACACCUCCUACACCUACCCCACCAAAAACGUCGGUAUCGUCAUCGGCGGUAUCGUCUUCUUCACCUCCGGCUUCGGCCUCACCUACUCGCACCUCGCUUGGUAUCAAGCAGAGUUCUUGGCGCUGGAGGUGAGGAGUGUGGGGAGCGGGAUAGCGACGACGGCGAAUUGGGUGGCGAAUUUGGUGGUUUCGGUCAGUUAUUUGAGUGAGCUAGAGACGUUGACGCCGGCGGGGACGUAUGGGCUUUAUUUGGGGUUUAGUGCGUUGUUCUUCAUCUUUCUUGUCUUUUGUUAUCCCGAAACGAAACAAUUGUCGAUCGACGAAACGUCCCUCCUCUUUGAAGACGACUAUGGCGUCAAGCGAUCGCGCCAGAUGCGUAGGGAGAGGCAGGAAGCGAGGAGGAGGAUUGCGGAUGAUGAGAUGGCAGAGGUUGCAGAGGCGACUUUGGAGGCGAGGCAGGAUAAGGGGAGGGCGGUGAGUGCGGGAGAGUUGGGGAGGUUUAUGAGUGGGUUGAAGAAUGGGAAGGAGUAA